AUUAUCAAACGCGCCAGCAGGCGAAGUGUCAUUUUCAAAGAUGGACGCUUUGAGCGAACACGAAAGUCAAGCGGAGAUUUUUCAAGAUUCGACUAUUUUAUACCUUCAUUGUGUUGAUACACAAUAUCCAUUACAGCUUAAAAUUGCCGGCUUACCACUAUUGAGGAUGGAGGGUUAUUUUUGUCACUUCAGCUUUAUGAAUUCGUUGUCAAAUCGGCGAAUUUGUAUUUUGCCAAACAGCGCUGAACUUCUAAGGAAAGUCGAUGGAGUAAAUUCACCCUGUGUUAUAAAUGUGACUUCAAGUGUUGUAUUCAAGGUGAGUUACAUUUUAUUUGCUGUGUUGGUUCGCAAUAAAUAAAAAGGAUAUAAACGUUUGUUGAUUUUGCCAGUGAGCUACAAAAUGGCGGCAUGUUUAUACUGCAUUUUGUUUAUUGGUGUCGCUCAAAAAUUGAUAUUUAAUCUUAGUAUUUUUGCACAAGUGAACAUAGCCUGCGAACAGGCUCACUGGGAGAAAGGUGAGCCUGCACGGAACCAUGCGUUUUAUUCAAUCAUCCCCUUUUCGAAUCUGCUAAACGCGAACCAAUCAGCGUCGACUGCGAUAAAUAAACUGUCAACUGUAAAAUUGACGCAAGGCGUGUACAUUGUGCAACGAAGAAAUACUGAAUAUUAAAAUGUAUAUAUAAUGUAUAUAUGAACAAUAAUACAAAGCAUUAGCGGGCCGCACAAAAUAUUACUCGGAAAAAUAUAGAAUUCUUCAAAUAUUAAAUAGAUAUCAAUACACAUACAAAUAUAAAGCCGAAUAAAAUACUACCAUUGGCAUUGAAUCAAUGUACAGUAAUACUUGUACUAUGUGCGACUGAAAGAACAAUGUUCUGAAUAUUUGAAGCUAUUACUAAAAUACGGUCAGAUAGAUUGGGAUUUGGAAUACCGAAUACGUCUAAAAUUUUACUAACUGUGGUCUAAAUAAAUGAUAAAUGAGCAUGUAUUUAUUAAUUUCUUCGAAAUCACGAGUGUGCCAAUAAUGGAAGCAUAGUGGUGGAAGCCGUAUCGACGACGAAAUUGUCAGCAGUUUAUACAGUAAAUAGUACAGCGUUUAAUGUACGAUAUAUAUUUAUACAUGCCAACGAGGAUCAACAAUAUAAUUAUUCGUACAUAUUUGGGUAUCUUUUGUAUACCUUCGCUUGCUGACUUGCUCACUAAUGAGAAUAAUUCGUGAAACCACGACGACCUCAAAAUGUACUAUACUAUAGUCUGAUGUCAAUCCGAAGACGAAGUUCAGAAUACUGUUAUAGUUUCGUAUAUUGGAUUUAAGCAAUAGAUUCAAGUCAUUUAUGAUAGACUUUUUGCUGUGAUGCUUUGCUAUUGCUUUUGGUUUCCAUUUCUAGUUUUAUUUGUUCGAUAGUCUUAUAAUAUAUAAUAUUAAAAUGAAUAAAGUUCAAAUUCUUCAAAAUGCUGUUGUUGACAUUUGCUAUUUUUAGUAAUUUUGUCAACGAGUGUAAGCCAAUCAGAAGCCUGCGUUUCUAUACGAACGCCACUACCAAGAAAACCUAUAGUUCCGUGCAGGCCCUUUAUUCUUCGCGCCGCCCGUAACCCAGGGCCUGUUCGCAGGCUAAAGUGAACAUAACAAAUCCUACACUUGACUGGUCAAAUUUGACGUAUUAAAAGCUGUUAUAAUAUUCACCAUACAUAACAAAACCGAAAUUUUCAAAAUGGCGGCUAGCCGUUUUGUGGAAGUUACUGAUAAAAAAAUAAGCGAAAUUAAAAUAAUUCAGUCCCAAAAACACAAGAGUGCAUUUUGUCUUGGCGAAUAUUCCCUGAUAAUGACCUCGCCUUCGGCGAAUAAUUGUUAAAUAUCUGCACUCACGACAUACCCAAUGCAAGUACUGUUAGAGUUUAAAAAAUACUUAUUGAUAUGAAUUUAGUUUCACGAGGAGGAUGUUGCUGGUCAAUAUGAUGAAGUACUGCUGAUUUGGGAUUUUGAUGUUGAUGUGCUUCUAUCGACCACUGCCACUCCAUUAGCACCAAAGUACCCACCUGACAAUGAUGAUGAAAACAGUGGUAUUUGCCCACUUUUGGACAUCACAAGGACAACUUGUAACUGUUCAAACUUUCCAAUAAUUGGCAAGGUCUUAAUUGACUUGGCAGAUUUUACAGUCCCUGAAACUCAAAUGCCAAACAACUUUUCACCAGAUCUUGAUGAUGAAUUUGAAGAUCAACUUGAUGAAGUGCUGGAACAAAGGUUACCGGACAUACAUGCAAGUGAUAUAGACGAACAGGAUUCUGAACAAGAACAGAAUGCUGAUUUGGAACAGAAUGAUGAACAUGAACAGAAUGAUCUGGAACAGGAUGAAGAACAAGAGAUCAAUGAAGCAGAACAAUUUGCUGAAUUGAUAUUCAUGAAAGGUACUACUUUUCAUGGUCACUUUCAGGAAGUAUUACAUGCUUGCAAACAAUUAAUGCUCGAGGGAAAUACACCUGAAGUGUCUCUCACUGCAGAGCCAGUUAACAAGCGUGACGAGAAUGCCAUAGUUGUGAAAGCUUUGCUGGGAAUAUCUAAACCAAUUGGAUACAUUCCAGCAAGAAAACUGCCAAAAGUGACAGAUGCAAUGAGAAAAGGGGAAAUAACAUCAGUUGCAUUAAACAAUGUAAUAUAUAAAUAUAUAUAUGCAGCUAAGGCCCGCAGAUAUUUUGCAAAAAUAUUAAUUCUUAAAAGAAACAGAUGGCUACCAGACAGUAAAACAUAUGAAUACAAUGAUCCAAUUUAAAGUGCUACAAACACUUAAUUAAUAUGAUUUUUUCUUAAAGGGGAAGUCAAGUCCGUAAUGUAAACAAACGGUUUGUUUACAUUUUGAACUGCUGUAUUUUUUAAAAUAUGAUGUACUGUCUGAAUAUCUAACACCAUUUUGGUUCGCUAUGCUUCUAAAUGAAUAUGAAAUAGAGCUAUGUUCAGAAAAAUUCGAAACAUUUGAAAUUUGGGCAAUGUUCACAUUAGAGGUCCUCACAUUGUUAUGAGCAGAACCGAUGCGCAGAACGGACUUGGCUUCCCAUUUAAUAUUUGGGUGAUUGGGUCAUAGUGGAU